AUGACUAAUUGGACAAAAAAUCUUACCAAACUUUUAGAUUUUUACUCUCAAUUUACGCCAACUCCUUUGUCUAUAAAACAUUUUCUUGAGUUUGGUUUAGCAGCAUGUGAGCGUAAAUCAUUCCUUUUUUUAAGGCAGGAACUUCCAGUACGCCUUUCAAAUAUCAUGAAAGAAAUUCAUCUUUUACCACAAAAUUUAUUAAAAAUGCCUUCUGUGGCACUUGUCAACGAAUGGUAUGCUCAAUCAUUUGAAGAAAUAUUAGAAUUUGAAAAAUCUGACAUUAAUGAUAAAGUUUUAAAUAGAUUUUGUGAAUCAUUAGUAAGGAUUCGUAAUCGUCAUUAUGAUACUGUUCAAACUAUGGCUCAAGGUGUUUUGGAACUAAAAGAAUUACAUAAAGUAGAUCAACAGACAGAAAAUUCAAUACAGUAUUUUUUAGAUAGAUUUUAUAUGUCUCGAAUCAGCAUUCGUAUGUUAAUCAAUCAACACACAUUAUUAUUUGAUAAAAAUGUAGAGGGAGAAAAAAGUAAAUUAUCAUCUCGUCAUGUUGGUUGCAUUGAUCCAGCUUGCGAUUUGAGAAAUGUUGUUGAAGAUGCUUAUGAAAAUGCUAAAUUUUUAUGUGAUCAAUACUAUAUGGCUAGUCCUGAGUUAAUAGUUUAUGAACACAACACUUCCAUGUCAAAAGAAAGGAUAAAAAUUGUAUAUGUUCCAAGUCAUCUAUAUCACAUGCUAUUUGAAUUGUUUAAAAAUUCAAUGAGAGCAAUAAUGGAGCAUCACAACAGCUCAUCUGAAAAUUUUUCACCCAUAACAGUUACCAUAGUAAAGGGUAAAGAAGAUGUGUGUAUUAAAAUGUCAGAUAUGGGAGGUGGUAUCCCACGCUCUGAAACAGAGCAUUUAUUUAAAUAUAUGUAUUCAACUGCACCUAGACCAAGUGGGGGUGAUCAUAGCUCAGCACCAUUGGCAGGAUAUGGAUAUGGUUUACCAAUAUCUAGGUUGUAUGCAAAAUAUUUUCAUGGGGAUUUACAUCUUCUUUCCUGUGAUGGGUAUGGUACAGACACUAUAAUUUAUUUAAAACUCUUAGCUAAUGAAGCUAAUGAAUUACUUCCCAUUUUUAAUAAAACUUCGUCAAAAUUUUAUCAAGCCACAAUACCAGCUGGAGAUUGGUCAAAUCAGUCUAGUUUCAUAACAGCUAAAAACCAAUCUCUUUCAUCCAAAAAAAUAAAUAAUUUUAAAAAUGACACAACAAUAAAUAAUGAUUCAAAAAUAAAAAUUAAUUCAAAAACUUGA